ACAAUGUCGACGAACCCGAUUACGUGUAACUCACUCAUUCAGAGGACGUACAAAUGCACCCCGUGCAAAACCCAACCCUUGGACAAAUUUGCAUACAUCACACACAUUUUAGGAAAACGACAUCAAAAGAACCUAAAAAGCAGUGAUCAUCCACAACCAAAUGAUGAAGACAACCGUACGAUUCAUGUCACAGGUUUUGAUCACACUACCCCAGCAGAGGCGAUUAUAGGGGCCUUUCUAGAGUAUGGAGUGCGGAAUAUCAUCCACCAUUUUAACUACAGCUUUGUCGAGUUUGAAUCUGCGGAUAUGGUCAAGAAAGCUUUAAAAGAGACUCACUACUAUGGAAAGACUCGCUUGCAAGUGUCUGCUAGACAUCGUAAAAGCCACAACCAGGCUACAGGAGUAGAAUUGUGCAAGUUCUUAAUGCACCAUUUUUCUCGUGUGUUUGGAUUUAUCUUCGGAUCUUCAGCGAACAAUCUGGGUUUCAAGGGAUGUGAUGUUGAUUUGUAUGUUGACAUUGGGAUAAAUCCCUGGGCAUCAUGUUACUCUAAAGCCGAGUCAGAAAAGAAGGCGAGUGAUGUGACGUUUUAUCUGGCACGAGAAAUUAAGCGUUCAAGAGUUGGCAUAAAGGUUCAAGCUGUUGCGAGAGCACGUGUACCAAUUGUGAAAUUUCAAGACACCCAAACAGGACUGAUGGUUGACCUCUCGUUCCGCCAUGGGAUGCCUGUAUAUAACACACAGCUCAUAUACCAGUAUUCAAUCUCACACCCCUUGGUUCGACCAUACCUGAUGCUUAUCAGGUACUGGGCCAAAAUCCAGGGUGUGGCAGGUGGAGGGCAGCCAACGUUUCUCAUAACUAAUUAUGCGCUGACCAUGCUUAUGCUUUUUUACCUUAUGUCAAGAGACACUCCCAUAAUUCCAUCUGUAGCACAUCUCAAGAAGAAUCACCCUACAAAGUUCGAUAAUGUUAUCAGUGGCUGGGAUUGUUCUUUUAGUCGAGAUAUGAGUGAAUGGAGUAGAGUGAAACACAGUGUGACUGUUAUGGAGCUAGUCACAGAGUUUUUUACUUACUAUGGGAAGUUUGAAGCCUCAAAAUGGGUCAUAUGUCCACUGGCUGGAAAGCUGAUUGAUAAGAAGGCUCUCAUAGAUAGAGACUUGAAUAGUCUUCCCCCAUGCAUGGUACGGUAUUGUAGGCAAAAUGUCAAUAUUCAGUUAAAUACAGCACUGUGCCUACAAGAUCCUUUUGAAAACAGUCAUAACUGUACUAGGGGAUUAAAAAAUGGGCCUCUUGUAGAGUUUCAGUACAAGUGCCGUAAAAGUGCAGAAAUCUGUGGGAAUAUACUGAGAGGAAAGCAGUCGUUGAGUGAUUUUCUUAAACCAAUCAAAAUAUCGCCAGAAGUACUUAAAGAAAUAUUCACAAAUGACCCUGCUAAAGAAGUGGACCAGUCUAUUGAGGAAAUUAUAACACUUGAUGACUCUGAUGAUGCUUCACAGGAUUCAGUUGAGGUUAUAAAUGUGUGUUCUGAAAAGAAGAGUAAAGCAAGUGUAAGCUUGAAAUCCAACAUUAUCUCUCCAUCAUCAAAAGAUUUUACCAAAAUUGACAAUGUGUCAGAUGAUGAGGAAGUAAUUGUGGUAGUUUCUGGAAACACACGAGAAGUAACCACAAAAAGUGUAAAACAUAGUACAGCAUCUUCAGAAACGUCAGAAAAUGGUGUUGGUAGUAGUAGGGAAGAAACUGAUGAGGUGUCAGUGAUAUUGCCAGAAGGUGAACCAGAAAAUAAACCUUAUAAAUUUUCACUAAAUUUUUCUAAAAUUCCUGAGUUUAGUAUCACAUUUGACGGUGCAGUGUCUGGUGGAAAGGAUUUAAUGACUGCUGCAGAUGACAUUGGGCAAGCUGCUUGUUCAUUAGUUCAUUUUGCCCUGCAACAAUGCUUGAAAGUUGAUGUGUCUGUUAUUGAAGCCUUUGUAGGUGAUAAAAAAAGGAAGUCCAUUUCACAAGAAGAAAAUUCUGACACAGGGAAACGCAUAAAGGGAGCAGAUGGAGAAAGUGUCCCAAUAAGCACAAAGUAUGGUAGGUUAGCACAGUACCAUUGUGUAGCAGUCUCUCAACUGUGGGUGGGGAGAAAGCAAACUUCCAAAAAAGUUCCAUGGAUGAAGAAUGUGACUCCCCUCCAGUUUGAGCUUGCUGUCACAGAUGCUCAGGUCAGUACUUCUGGCAUUAUGAUAAGCUCAAAUUCAUCAGAUGAUUCAGAUAAGUUAGACUUCAUGAUUGAGUUGUGGCAGAAAUGUAAUGACCCUAGUAAUAUUCUUGUGACUGGAGACUCUAGAUCAAGUGUAAAAAUAACUCGUUCGCAGAUGCAACCUAUGUUCAGCUAUCUUUCAUCACUGAGCCAGAAUCUUCUGAAAAAAGUGAUGGUUUAUGUUACAUCAACUUCAUCAAAAAGAUAGUGUAUACCUGUAUUUCUCAUAAUUUUAUGUAGUGUAAUUUUUGUCAUAUAAGGUUUGUAAAGUAUACAAAUACAUGUUAAUAUGGUGAGAUGGACUUAGAAAAUUUAAUGGGCAAAGUAGAUAUAUGUAGAGUAAAUCCUCUCAUAACACAACCCUACAUAGUGUGAUGUUUGCUUAAUGCCAUUGCAAAAUUGCAACAUUUCUUUCAUAAUGUUAGGAACCUUAUGUUAUUGCUCUUCAUAAAUCUAAAGGAAAAAAAAAAAAAAAAAAAGGUAAGAAAAUACUCAUAUAAGCUAUGUGCAAAAUUUGGACAGUAAACUAUAAUUUUACAAUCCUCAUGCUGGGCAGUAGGCUGGACUACCUGCAUGAUUUGUCUGUGAUAUGGCUAUUAAAAUUUAAUCCCAGCAAAUGAAAAGUUAUGAAAAUCAAGAGAAGGGCAAAGACGACUAGAAGCAGUAUACAAACUUGGAACAAAGGCUGCAAGCCUCCCUGAAAGAGAAGAAAGAACCUGGGGUGAGAUUAGACCCCCGAGCAUCUUGCUUGAGGUACACCUUAACCAAAUAACUUCUGCAGCAAAUGUGAGACUGAUAAAUUUAAGAGUAACUUUCAGGAGCCUCAACAAGAGGCAUUGUAACCCUAUACAUGGCAUAUGUCGGUCCCAUCUUGGGGUAUGCAGUGCCAGUAUGAAACCCACAUCUGAUAAAGCAUUUAUUACACACUUUACAGAAGCUGGAAAAGUGCAAAGAUUUGCAGCAAGACAAGGCCCAGAACUGAGAAGUAUGACCUAUGAGGACAGGCUAGAGGGGUUAAGCCUAAUGUCAUUAGAGGACAGAAGGCCUAGAGGUGACAUGAUUACAGCAUACAAAAUACUGAGAUGAUUUGACAAGGUAGACAGGGUGAGUCUAUUGGGGUGGCAGACCUCAGGUACACUAAGGGCACAGCUAGAAAUUGAAAAGAAAGAACAGUCACAGGGAUGUUAGGAAACAACACUUGUCUAGUCUUAGAGUGGUCAUGAAGUGGGACAACUUAAACAGUGAAGUGGUUAAAAGGCAGGAUCUAUAUGUAGUUUUAAGAAUAGGUAUGACAGGGCUCAUGUAACCAGGAGAGUGAACCCAGUAGCAUACAAUUUGGUAAGGAAAUGUGCCUAUCAUAUAUAUGUUUACAUGUGCAUGGUCUCCAUGGGGAAGUGGAACAGAAUCCUUCCUCCGUAAGCCAUGCGUGUCGUAAGAGGCGACUAAAAUGCCGGGAGCAAAGGGCCACCCCACCUCAGUGGGAUACAGCUGGUACAUUGAAAGAAAGAAGAAUGUGCAUGGUACCCUAGUAUUGAGUUGAUAAGCCUCUGUACAUCUAACUAGGCCCAGCAUGGUCACAUGAACACACACUGUACAUGUCUAUGUCAGUGAGUAACAUCUAUUAGAAUGUAAGGUAAGAUCAGAUUUAUAUUUGACAUUAGGUUGUUUUAAAAAAAAAAAAAACUUUUGGCAUUUUUCAAAGUGGUAAGAGUGUAACAUUUGUAACUCUCCACAAGUUAUUUUGCAUUCAGUAACACUAUUUUACAUAGGAUGACAAUUUUGAGGAAUGUAUCCUGUGUUAUGAGAUGGUUUACCCUAGUGUGAAAGAGGACACAAGAAAUCCAUUUAAUCAGAGAUAAUAAAUUUAGAAAUUCUGAGAUAUAUUUCACAAAGGUUUAUUUGAAUGCUGCAGGAAGUUGAUGUAUAUUUUUUAAGUGGGCAUUUAACAAUGCUGGUAUUGCAGUUGAACUUUUUCCUCAUUUUCAGUUAAGUCUAACUCUGUCUCGCAUGAAUGGUUCAGUUUUUACAAAUAACAUUUUCAUUAUUAACUUUGACCACUUGCAACAUAGAAUAAAAGAGUUGAUAAUGGUAAAUGUAUUAUGGAUAAACAAUAUUUUCUGUAGUUAAAAAUAUAAGGUGGGAAUCAUACAGUAGUAAAGAAUUAAUGACCUUUGAGUUUUAUCUAAUAAUGCAGUAUAUAAGUCUCUCUAUAAAAUAAAGUAUCUGUACUAAGACAAGAAGCCUGAAGAACUAGAUGGAAUAAGUAAAGUAACUAAAUAAUGUAUAUACAUAUGUAUAAAGUGGUCAGUUUGAACACUGUUUUUGUUUUUGUGCUUGCAUACAUAUAUAUCAAUUUAUGUAUGUAUAUCAUGUGUAACAACAUUCUCACCCCCAAAUGACUGGUACACGUUACCUUUUUUUUCCCCACAAAUUUGAUUAAAUAAAUUCAUGCAAAUAUAUAUACUGUAAAUAAAACUUGUGGGUAUGAUAUAAGGUAAUAUAACUUAAGAUGUAUAUACUGUAUAGUAUUGGUUUUUGAAUGCAGUUUAUACCACCCACAUGAGGUGCAGCUCCUGGUUAUUGGGAACAAGAAUGUAAAUGCAGUUAGCAUACUGUAUCCCUUAAAUUAUAUUUCUAAAAUGUUUCCCAUUUUAACCAUUUCAGGGUCCAGAGGCCAAAUUUCAAAGUGUGCGCCAGGGUCCAAGAAUUUAAAAAAAAAAAUUUUGUUAUAUUUUCUUAUGAAAUGGUAGAGAAUCUUUUUCUGAAGGUAAUAAAACAAAGGGUACGAAAUUUGAUGGAAAAUUGAUGAAAUUAUACUCUCACGAAUUUUGAUGUGUCAGCGAUAUUUACGUAUCGGCGAUUUUACCGACAUUGACUCCCAUUUUAGGCCAAUUAUAUUAUUCCAGUCAACCAAAUUCUUAGCUAUUUCACUAGUAUUACUUCUAUUCUAUCGAUUGAGCACAAAAAAUCGCCACGUCAACCAUUUCAACUGCAAAAUAAAAUGAUCGGAAAUUGGUAAUUUGGCCAAUUUAACACAAAGUUCAAAAUAUUCCACUUUCAAAAUAGGGUCCAGAAUAAACACUGCAGGUAUUCCUGGCACUGAAACUAACAUUUCCUCUGUUCAUUAAUUAUGUUUUCAGGCUUUACAAAUGAAUUCCAUUUUGAUUUUUUAUUGGCCCUUGUGGUUUAGCACUUCUUUUUUAUUUUAAUAAUAAUAAUAAUAAUAAUUGAUUUUUUUAUUCAAACCAAAAUUAGAAGAUUUACUGUCAUGUAAUAUUGUAAUAAUUGUAUAAAUAAUAUCACCACAUUUGUGAACAUAUAUUAGACCCACCAGCUGGCGUGUAUUAGACGUAUGAGGUCAUUUGUUUACUCUUGAACAUCGGCAAAAAUUUAACAUUUCCACUACUUUGAGCUCGGUUUCUAGUCAUUUCCAGUACUAAAACCAAAAUCAUUAUGUCUGUAAUAUAUCUUCCAUUCUAUUGAAUGAGACCAAGAAAUUGCAAAUACAACUAUAAAAAAACAUACUAAAAAACACUGCAAAGUCGCUGUUUUAGUCGAAAAUUACGGUCUCAGUUUUUUCUCUCAUUAUGCACUGUGCUGCAGGAUUUGUUUUAGGUGAUGCACACAUACCACAUAGAUGUAUUCUCUCAUAUCUAGGCCUAAAUUUACCGCUCACAACUUAUCAGAGUGAGCUGAGCUCAUGGCGUAGAUCUACAGUUUGGACCCUCAACUCAAAGCCGUAGAACUAUGGCAUGGACCCUGAAAGGGUUAAGUGAGACUACUUGCAAAGUAACACAACAAUGACACGGUGGAAGUAGAUGUCUAUCUGGGGUUCAGAUAUACACAUGACAAGACUCAAUCAUGUUCAUCAAAACUUAGGAGGCUGGACCAAGAGCUUGAGCUUCCUAUGCCUCCUUCACCACUCCAUGUUCAAACUCAAAUUCAAACACCAUAUACCAUAUUUUGUGGCAAACAAGAUGCUCAGUGUCAUGGAGUACCCCCCACCCCCCACCCAUUCUGACUGCCUAAAUUUUGGAGAAAAGAUAAACAGUAUUUCAACCUCCAAGAUACUGGGUAAAUAAAAAAAAAAAAUAGCAUCUUCAAUGCUGUAAAAUACCACAUGUGGAAUUUCCUUAAGUUUAUUGGCUAUAAUUUGUGCACAGCCUGUCACUAAUUUGUCAUAAAAAGGCCUUCUACAGCCUCUCCUCACUUAACGACGGAGAUAGGGGCCUAAGACCCCAUUGGUAAAUGAUUUCGUGGCUAAUCGAGGAAUGACCCUUUACUGACACUUCCAAAGUGUCACCACCCAAAAUUAAAACAUUCAGUUUUAUGUUUGUUGGGAAAUUCCUUUCAAUCUGUUUAUUAUCAAUGGUAAUACAGCAUGAAAAAGGUCAAUGACUUACUUCCAAGAUAUUUUAGGAAACAUGCAUAGCUGAUUACUUGCUUUUUUUUUUUUUUUCAAGAAAAUUGCACUUUUUUUCAGGGUAAGAGUGAUCUUCUAUAGUUACCCUUCAGGUGUGUAACGUUUUCUGUAUUGGUUGCAGUCACUUUUUUUGUUUGUUUGUUUUUAUCCCUCUCUGCCCUCCACCCUUCAAUGCCUCUCUAUAUAAUGUAAGUUUUUAUUAAUUUGGGCAUCUUUAUCAUGCUUCUACAUUAUUUAUGUUUUUUUUUUUUUUUAACAAAUUGGCCGUCUCCCACCGAGGCAGGGUGACCCAAAAAGAAAGAAAAAAUCCCCAAAAGAAAACAAUUUUCAUCAUCAUUCAACACUUUCACCUUACUCAUACAUAAUCACUGUUUUUGCAGAGAUGCCCAGAACACAACAGUUUAGAAGCAUAUACGUAUAAAGAUACACAACAUAUCCCUCCAAAAUGUCACUAUUCCAAACCCCUCCUUUAAAGUACAGGCAUUGUACUUCCCAUUUCCAGGACUCAAGUCCGGCUAUAUAAAAAUAACCGGUUUCCCUGAAUCCCUUCACUAAAUAUUACCUUGCUCACACUCCUAAUAUUAUUCUGGAAUAAAUAUGAUAGGUAUAUAACCUUUAUUGAUAGUAAUGGUAUAAUUGUACAGUGGACCCCCAUCCUACGAUAUUAAUCCGUUCCUGAGAGCCCAUCGUAAGAUGAAAUGAUCGUAGGUUGAAUUAAUUUUUCCCACAAGAAAUAAUGGAAAUCAAAUUAAUCCGUUCCUGACACCCCAGAGUAUGGAAAAAAAAAUUUACCACAUGAAAUAUACAUUUUCCUACACACACAAAUAAGGAGACAUGCAUAAAAACUAUUAUUGUGUAAUGAACAAUAAAUGACGCUUACCUUUAUUGAAGAUCUGCUGAUGAGUGAUGGGAUGGGAGGAGGGGAGAUGAUGUAGGUUAUUUUUUGGAAGGGGAAUCCCCUUCCAUGAGGACUUUAGGUAGCAUGUCCUUUUCUGGGGUUACUUCCCUUCUUUUAAUGCCACGGGGAACAACUUGACAGUCACUGGACCUCUGUCGCACCACAAAUCUUUCCAUAGAGCUCUGUACCUCUCGUUCACAACAUCGUCAUUGUAAUAGUCACCAGCACGGCUUGCAGUAGCUGUGUGAGGGUGAUUUUCAUCCAUAAAGGUUUGCACUUCAACCCACUUUUCACACAUUUCCUUAAUCUUUGAAGAAGGCAACUUCUUCAAUUUCUCUCUCCCCUCCUCUGAAGCAGUUUCCUCAGGUCUGGCCUCUUGCUGUUGCAGAUGCUCUUGCAGCUCAUCAGUGGUAGUUCUUCAUCGUCCUCCUCCACCAACUCUUCCACAUCCUCCCCACUAACCUCCAACCCCAUGGACUUCCCCAGUGCCACAAUAGAUUCCACAACUGCCAUAGGCUCCUGAGGGUUAGCCCCAAACCCUUCAAAGUCCCUCUGUUCUACACAUUGUGGCCACAAUUUCCUCCAAGUAGAUUUCAAGGUCCUCUUAGUCACUCCCUCCCAAGCCUUACCUAAAAGGUUUACACAACUGAGGAUACUAAAGUGAUCUUUCCAAAACUCUCUUAGGGUCAAUCGAGUGUCUGAGGUCACUUCAAAGCACUUUUGAAACAUAGCUCUUGAGUAGUUUUUUGAAGUUGGAAAUGACCUACUGGUCCAUGGGCUGGAGGAGAGGAAUGGUAUUAGGAGGCAAAAAUUUAACCUUGAUGAAGCUCAUGUCCCCAGAAAUUCGCUCUGCCAAGUCUGAAGGAUGACCAGGAGCAUUGUCUAAUACCGGGAAGCACUUAAGGUCCAAUUUAUUUUCCAGGAGGUAAUUUUUCACAGUGGGGGCAAACACAUGGUGAAACCAGUCAUAGAAAAAGUCUCUAGUGACCCAUGCCUUACUGUUUGCCCUCCACAUCACACACAAAUUAGCCUUGAGGACAUUGCUUUUCCUGAACACUCUGGGAGUUUCAGAGUGAUACACCAAUAAAGACUUCACUUUGCAAUCACCACUAGCAUUACCACACAACAAAAGAGUAAGCCUGUCUUAUAAGCCUGUGUAUAAGCCUGUCUUUCAUAGGCUGAGUAAUGUAGGUCCUGUUUGGCAUUUUCUUCCAAAACAGGCCUGUUUUGUCACAAUUAAACACUUGUUCAGGUUUCAAUUCUUCAGCUUCUAUGUACUCCUUGAAUUCCUUCACAUAUUUUUCAGCUGCUUUUUGGUCCGAACUGGCAGCCUCACCAUGCCUUAUCACACUAUGUAUGCCACUACAAUUCUUAAAUCUCUCAAACCAACCUUUGCUGGCCUUAAAUUCACGCACAUCACCACUAGUUGUAGGCAUUUUUUUAAUUAAAUUGUCAUGCAACUGCUUUGCCUUUUCACAUAUGAUCACGUGAGAGACACUAUCUCCUGAUAACUGUUGUUUGUUUAUCCACGCCAAUAACAGUCUCUCAACGUUUUCGAGCACUUGCAAUCUGUGUUUCAUAAAGAUACUUGCACCUUUUGCAACAACAGCUUCCUUGAUUGCCUGUUUGUUGGCCAGGAUAGUAGAGAUGGUUGAUUGGGGUUUGUUGUACAACCUGGCCAGCUCAGAGGCACACACUCCACUUUCUUACUUAUUCAUUAUCUCCUCCUUCAUUUCAAUAGUAAUUUUCACCCUUUGUAUCACAGGGUUGGCAUUAGAAGCUUUCUUUGAGCCCAUGGUGGCUUAUUUAGCAGUUAGAAGCACUAAAAACACUUUAAUAAUAGAAAAUGUUCUGAAUCUAUGCGUGUGAGCGACCGCUCUGGGUUGUAAACGAUGGCACACUAACUGAAGGCAGGCCAGCUGAGGUGCGCUCAGGCCGGACAUACAUGUGGAUGCAUUCCGGACGAAUGCUGUAGGUCGAAUUUUUCAACGUACAUCGAGGUCAAAUUUUUACGCUGAAAUGCAUUGUAGGUCGGUUUUAACCUAGGUUGGGGACAUCAUAUGUCGGGGACCACUGUACAAUAUUUUAUAGAUAGUGCCGUGAGCUUACACAUCCGUACAUCAUGGUGAAGCAUGACUUACUGAGACACACUGCUGGUGCCUUCUCCCUGUCUCUCGUAUAGCCCCAGCCCAGCACACCCUCCAAUACCUCUCCAUAUACAGUGGAACCUUGGCUUACAAAUUUCAUCCGUUCCGUGGACUUGUUCGUACCCUGAUUUGUUUGUAUGCUGGGUCAAUUUUCCUCAUUUAAAUUAACUGAAAUGCAAUUACAGUGGACCCUUAACUAACGGCGGCAUCAAAUAAUGGCAAAUUCGUCUAAUGGCGCUCUUUGGCAUAAAAAAAUGGCUCUACCAACUGCAAAAAACUCAUCUAACGAAGUUCGUCCCGAACUUGUCCAUGGGGCUGGAGCGCGGCCUGAGCAGCUCCAGCCACUCCACGACUCCAUGUACAGCCAGUGUGCCAGUGUUUACAAGCAGUUUCGGUUGACUCUAAGUGUACCUGCGAUAUAUUUUGUAUUCCAGUGUUUUUAGUGCUUGUAACCGCUAAAUAAGCCACAUGGGCCCAAUGAAAGUUUCUAGUGCCAGCCCUAUGAUAAAGAAGGAAAAAAACAAUAAAAUUCAAGAAAAAACUCAGCAAAGCACCAAAGUGGAGGAGGAAGAGAGAGAGGGGAGAAUGUGCCUUCUGCAGUGAUUCAUUGAUUCUAUGAUAUGUAUGAUACUUAUGUAGCAGGUAUCGAUAAAGGCUAUAGUGCUAGCCAGCGAUAAAGUGUAGAAUUAACAGUGUAGCAAGUAAGUUAAGCAAGCAAGCGAUAGAAAAACGACACGAAAGUAACUCUCCAAUGUUGUUGGAUGUGUGUACAUCCGCUGAACAUACACCGGCCUGCUAUCUUCCACUACCCUAAACCUCUGCAAGCAUCUCCUCCAUGAAACUAACUAAUUAAACUAACAUCUCCAAGGUAAGUGUAAAUAUAAAAGUGUAAGCAUAAAAGUAAAUAUAUUAAGUAAGUAUAAAAGGACCCCAAUGGAAAUGCGUAAAUCACUCCGACUUUUUUGGGUUAUCCUAGGUACUUUACACAUAUGCUGCUGUGUAUCAUAAUCUAUGUAACUAUUUGUGUAUACCUGAAUAAACUUAUUUAUAAAUUAAAAUGUAAAUAUUUCUUAUUUAUACGCUGUAUAGUCCUUGUGGCUUAGCGCUUCUUUUUUAUUAUAAUAAUAAUUCUUAUUAUUAUCACUGAUUUCAUCAUUGCUUAGUUAAUCUUAAGUUAAUUUUAAGCCAGCCCGUAAUGCUAUGCAUAUAAGUGGCUUUGGCAUGCUGCUCUUAACUGUAUUUUUUGUACCUCUGUAUGUAUGCUUAAAUUACUAAAUAAAUAAAUAAAUAAAUAAAUAAAUAAAUAAAUUUAUAAAUUACAUUGGCUUAGCGCUUCUUUUUGAUUAUAAUAAUAAUAUAAAUUACAUACAUUGUUUAAGUGUGAUGGUGGUGCUGACAGAAGCCUCCACCGCCACCAACAUGGCUUCUCUCAGUGGUUUCCCUUAAACUCAACAAUAACACUUAAACCAUUUACUCCUCUCAUACAUUAUGGCAAAUUUUAUUCAUUCUAGAGUAUAUAUCAUGUUUCUAUGUUAUUAAUAUUGUUUAUAAUGUCACAUUAGAUGAAUUGUGAUAGAAAAUAAGCCAUAGAGAUGAGAUUAGCAUCAUAUUGAAGCAUAAUAAACUUGUCUUCCUUUUGCCUCCUACGUGUCUUGUCAUACACCAACAUUAUGACAUAUUUUAUUCAUUUUAGAGUAUGUAUCAUGUUUCUAUGUUAUUAAUAUUGUUUAUAAUGUCAUAUUAAAUGAAUUGUGAUAGAUAAAUAAGCCGUAGAGAUGAUAUUAGCGUCAUAUUGAAGCAUAAUAAACUUGUCUUCCUCUUGCCUCCUAAGUGUCUGUCAUACACCAACAAGUCGAGUCAGUAAAGAUAAGUCAAUAAAGGUAAGUGUGAUGUUAAAUAUUCAUUUAUCCAUUUUAUUAGUGCUUUAUAUUUAUUUGUCAUUUUUUCUGUAUGUAUAGUAUUUAUAUUUAAUCUUUAAAAAAAUUUUUUUUUUCAUACUUUGGGGUGUCAGGAACGGAUUAUUUCUAUUUCCAUUAUUUCUUAUGGGGAAAAUUAAUUCGACCAACGGCAAAUUCGACUAAUGGCAAGCUCUCUGGAACGGAUUAAUGCCGUUGGUUGAGGGGUCCACUGUAAUUCGUUCCAGCUGAGUUCCUGCUCUCAGGAGGCAUGACAAAAUAACCCUAUUAUCAACUCUACGGCUUAUUUAUCUGUCACAAUUCAUCUAAUUUGACGUAAUAAACAAUAUAAAUAACAUAGAAACCUGAUAUACACUCUAGAAUGAAUAAAAUAUGUCAUUACAUGGACAGCGGAGGGAGGAGGAUUGUGGUCACGAGAGUGGUUGCGCAUUCUCGCUGUGAAAACAUCAGAGGUGUUAUUAUAAGAGAAAACAGAGUUUGUGAGGCUGAAUUAGAUCUGGUGUACAUACGAUAUUUACACUUUUCUUAAGAAUUAUCUCGCUACACUACGUAUCUCCUGUGAGCUGUUUCUCUGCCAACCAUGUCAACAGCAGCUUUUCCAUCUUUUCAUUGACAGAGGUCUGCUGCUUUUAAAUUACUGUAAUGCCCUUUGCUGGCACUAUAGCCUUUAUAGACUCCCUCUGCUUUAGUAUUGUACAUAUAGUAGAGGGGCUACGCUUGUACUCACUCGCUAAGUCUUUAACCCUUGUACCUAGUCUUUGCUUAUCAAUGAUUUCUUGCUUUAAUUCCAUGCAAAUCGUCCUCUUUUUCUUCUGGGCACUGUCCUUAUCACUUGCUUUCUUCGGACCCAUGAUUAGAAGAAAGAAAUCUGGCGGCUUAACUGCACAAAACGUAAGGAAAUCACAAGAAUUCUUUGCACCGCGAGGGCAGCUCCGUAAGCACAUGUGUAAGUAAGUAAGUAAGUUUAUUCAGGUAUACACAAAUACAGUUACAUAGAAUUAUCAUACAUAGCAGCAUAUGUGUAGAGAACCUAGGAUAACCCAAAAAAGUCAGACAGAGUGACUUAUUUCCAUUGGGGUCCUUUAUAUUUCCAUUGGUGACCAUUGUGGUGGUGUUGUCAAACUAAAUUAUACGCAGUAUGUACAUAUUAUUAUUCUUUCUUCCAACACACCGGCCAUAUCCCACCGAGGCGGGGUGGCCCAAAAGGAAAAACGAAAGUUUCUCCUUUUACAUUUAGUAAUAUAUACAGGAGAAGGGGUUACUAGCCCAUUGCUUCUGGCAUUUUAGUUGCCUCUUACAAUGUGCAUGGCUUAUGGAGGAAGAAUUCUGUUCCACUUCCACAUGGAGGUAAGAGGAAAUAAACAAGAACAAGAACUAGAAAGAAAAUAGAAAAAAACCCAGAAGGGUGUGUAUAUAUAUGCUUGUACAUGUAUGUGUAGUGUGACCUAAGUCUAAGUAGAAGUAGCAAGAUGUACCUGUAAUCUUGCACAUUUAUGAGACAGAAAAAAGGACACCAGCAAUCCUACUAUCAUGUAAAACAAUUACAGGCUUUCGUUUUACACUCACUUGAUAGGAGGGGUUUAGUACCUCCCUGGGCGGUUGCUGUCUACCAACCUAUAACAUAUCAUUACCUAUAAUAUAUCAUUAUUAUUAUAAUUAUUAUUAUUGUACUAUUACGUAUUAUAUUAUAUUUUUUUUUUUUAUUAUAUUAUUAUAUUAUAUGUAAUUAUUAUUACGUAUUAUUAUCAUUAUUAUUAGUAUGUACAUAUUAUUAUAAUAAUUAUUAUAACAAUAAUAAUACAAUGUACUAGUAAUAAUAAUAAUAGUAAGGAGAAACUUCAAAAGGCUGCUAGUAGUUGGCACCACCAUCAGCAAAACAUUCGUAACCACAACUAGUACACUUUUCACCUGUCUAGACUUCAGUAGUCUAUUAGUAUUAGGUUAUGUCUUCCUAAAAUGCCUCAGCAUGAUAGUGGCUUUCUUUGCUCCACUCAUAUUAUGAUAUGUAAACACACAUUGUAACCUUUGCAAAGAAAAAAAUAUUUUUAUUUAUUUAUUUAACCCCUUGACUGUUGCAACCCCUUAUCCUGAGGUCUCUCCUGGUGUCGCAAAAAUUAAAAAAAAAAUUAUUUUUUCUUAUGAAAUGAUAGAGAAUCUUUUCCUGAUGGUAAUGAAACCAAAAGUACAAAAUUUGAUGGAAAACUUACAGAAUUAUGCUCUCACGAAGUUAGCGACCUUGGCAAUAUUUACGAAUCGGCGAUUUCGCUUACUUUGAGCCCUAUUUUCGGCUAAUUCCGUUGUUCCAGUCGACCAAACUCACAGCUAUUUCUUUAGAACUCCAUUUUUUCUAUCAAUUGAGUACAAGAAACUGCCCAUUUACUAAUUUCAACUACCCAAUAACAUGGUCAGAAAUUUACAAUUUGGCCAAUUUCACGAAAAUUAAAAAAUAUGACAAUUUCAAAAUAGGGUCCAGAAUGAACAAUGCAGACAUUCCUGGCUCUAAAAUAACAUUUUCUUUGUUCAUCGGUCAUGUCUCCAGGCCCCUCUGAUAUUACUCUUGCUUUCUAUUUUUAAUUUUUAUUCAAACAAAAAAUAUAAGAUUUACUGUUAUACAGACUACUGCAAUAUUGUAAUAAUUGUAUAAAUAAUGUCAACCCAUUCAUGACUGCAUAUUAGAAUGGCUAGUUGGACAUUUACUGGGCAAUGACAUCAUUUGUUUACUUUCGAACAUUGCAAAAAUCAAACAUUUCCCCUACUUUGAGCUCCAUUUCAAGGUUCUUCCACAAAUUCAGCAUUUUAAUUAAAAAAAAAUGGUCAGAGUUUUUUUUUCUCAUUAUACACUGUGUGCUGCAGGACUUUUUUUAUACGGUGCACACUGACCACACACACCCAUUCUCUCACAUGUGAGCCUACCAGCUUUCUCCUGCUUGAUUUGAAGCUGCUAGAAUUUGAGUAUGUACGUAUACGUCAAACACGGUGGCUUGUAAGAC